GGCAGUGGGAAGAUAGGCUCAAAGGAGCAAGGCAGUUCACCUGGGAACCUUGAGUUUGCAGCAGACAUACCCACCACCACCGUUGCCUGCCCCAGCGUCGCAGCCAUGGCCGGGAGCUCUAACGUGCCCCACAAGACCUCGCUGCCAGAGGGUGUCAGAGUGGGCACCGUGAUGAGAAUUCGUGGUACUGUCCCCGAGAACGCUGGCAGGUUCCAUGUGAACCUGCUGUGCGACCAGGAGGGUGGCGAGGCUGCCCUGCAUUUCAAUCCCCGGUUGGAUGAAUCCGUGGUGGUCUUCAACACCAAGGAGCAGGGCACCUGGGGCAAGGAGGAGCGCGGUCGUGGCAUUCCCUUUCAGCGUGGGCAGCCCUUCGAAGUGCUCCUCAUCGCCACUGAAGAAGGCUUCAAGACGGUGGUCGGGGACGCGGAGUUCCACCACUUCCGCUACCGCCUCCCGCCGGCGCGCGUGCGCGUGGUGGAGGUGGGCGGGGACCUGCAGCUGCAGUCGUUGAAGAUCUUCUGAGCGUGGCGCGAGCGGAGUCCGGGACCCGGAUGACAAAUAAAGUCUUAGCCCCCUCCUGUG